GUUCCCAUAGGAUUCCAAAUAGGGAUGAAGCUUGAAGCAGUGGACCGUAUGAAUCCUUCUUUGAUUUGCGUGGCCACAGUGACAGAUGUGGUAGACAAUCGCUUUUUGGUGCACUUUGACAACUGGGAUGACACAUAUGACUACUGGUGUGAUCCCAGUAGCCCCUACAUUCAUCCUGUUGGUUGGUGUCAGGAACAUGGAAAACCUCUCACUCCUCCACAAGACUAUCCUGACCCUGAGAACUUCUGUUGGGAAAAAUAUUUGUCAGAAACAGGUGCUUCUGCAGCGCCAACUUGGGCCUUUAAGGUGAGGCAGCCCCACGGCUUUCUGAUGAACAUGAAAUUGGAGGCAGUGGAUCGAAGGACCCCCUCUCUAAUCAGAGUUGGUAGUGUAGAGGAUGUAGAAGACUACAGGAUAAAGAUUCAUUUUGAUGGCUGGAGCCAUAUCUAUGAUUUCUGGAUUGACUCAGAUCACCCAGACAUUCAUCCUGUAGGAUGGUGCUCAAAAACUGGACAUCCAUUGCAACCUCCUCUUAGGCCAAAGGAACUCGUCUCCUCUACCAAUGGAAGCUGUCCAACCUUGGCCUGUAAGACGCUCCCAGCUACCAAGAGUUCCAAAUAUAGCUUUCACAGAAAGUGUCCAACACCUGGUUGUGAUGGCUCAGGCCAUGUGACUGGGAGAUUUACAGCUCAUUACUGCAUCUCAGGGUGUCCCCUGGCAGAGAAAAACCAGGGAAGGGUAAAGGCUGAACUUUCAGACACUGAAAACUCUGUUCGAAAGAGGAACCUAAUUGCUUAUUCCCAGAAGAAGAAGUCUCGCCAUCAUGGAAGAGGGCGACCUCCUAAAUAUCGGAAAAUCCAGCAGGAAGAUUUCCAAACCAUUUCAUCGGAAAGUAUGCACCAGUCUCUGUUUAUGUCAGCCUUGUCAGCACAUCCUGACCGUUCCUUAUCCCUCUGCUGGGAUCAGCAUUGUAAGCUUCUGCCUGGAGUAGCUGGGAUCACAGCAUCCACAGUGGCCAAAUGGACAAUUGAUGAGGUUUUCAGCUUUGUACAGACGUUAACAGGUUGUGAGGAUCAAGCAAAACUCUUCAGAGAUGAGAUGAUUGAUGGUGAGGCCUUCCUUUUGCUGACUCAGGCUGACAUUGUGAAGAUCAUGAGUGUAAAGCUUGGCCCAGCACUUAAAAUCUACAAUGCCAUUCUUAUGUUCAAAAAUGCUGAUGACACCUUAAAAUGAACUAGCCAGGACAGCUUUUGACUUUCCUCCACACAGAAACUGCCAGACUCUUUUGUCUGUCUGUCUUGGAUGAAUUGAGACCUUCUUAACUGCUGCAGUUGUAAAAUCCUGCCAACCUGCUCUCUCUGAGUCUUCAUUUUUGUUUACUUGCAAAACUCCUUCCUUUCUCCCUUCCUUCUUAUCUCAACCUUUUUGAAUUCUGUCUUGAUAAUGUUGAAUUGAAAAAUUCCAGGAAUAACUUGCUUGAUGCCAGAAAUCCUGCUAAGUUCUCCUGUUGGUUAUGAUGGCACACAACAUGGGUUUGAGACCAGAUUUGCUACUGAAUUUAACCUGCUAUGGCUUUCACCUAUCAUCUCUGACUGCUUAAAUUCUUACACUACAGUAUGUCUGGAUUACUAUUUAUUAUUUUGCAAUAUAUCCACUGCUUUGGAUAUACUGCUGCCAUGUACAGUAUUUGGAAGCAAUUUUGAAAUCAGAUUUUUCUGGGCAAAAGUCAGUUUCUUAAAUUAUCAGAAAUUUUACUAUGGGCUAUAGAAAACAAGAUUAGCAAAGUAACAAUAUUAACACUUUGCACUAAGUAAAAACAUUCCUCUCAAUCAUAAAAUAACUAAUUAUUAGGCGGAGCUAGCUAGCGUUAUCCUGUCAUAUUGGUCGUGAGAUACAUAAACUGAAGAAAAAAUGUUGUGCAAUGCGAUUUUCAGAUUCUUUGAUUGCAUCAAUUUUGUCCCAUCAGUCUCUAUUCAGUUCAACGUGUGCCAAAAUAUUUAUAUUUUGUUGUUUCACAACAUAGAUUAGAAACUAUUCUUAUUUAAAUCUUUUAUAGUUUCACCUUAACAGUAUAUGGUGUGUUGCAAACAUUCAAUUAAUCAAUAAUUCUGUUGCUAAUUGCAUAUAGUUUUCCCUACAUCCUCUUGAUAAUGACUAACAUAUGACAUUCUUUUGGGCCAUUUAUGCUGUGCUCACAUGGACUUAAGAAGAUAGGCAGGAGUUGUAAUGCCAGUCUGCCUAGGCAAGGGAAAAGAUGGCCUGAGAAAGUAGAGUUUAAAUUUCAUCAAAAUACAGGAUAUUAAUUUAUUGUUGUUGCAUUUACUUUUGUGAAGAAGGUUAGAAAGCCAUAUGGAUUUGCUAUGUCAGAUGACCAAAUACCUUGGAACAGAGGUGUCAAACCCGCAGCAUCACAAUGGUGUCACAUGAUAUAUGAGGACAUUUUUCCCCAUUGCUAAACCAGGCAUGGGGGUGGCCAGCGUGUGACACAUCCGGGCUGUGGGCCGGGAGUUUGGCACCCCUGUCUUGGAAUUUUCCUGUGGGAUUUCUUCUAAUUUCAGUCAAUUUGAUGUGUUUGGGGAUUUUGUUCCUUUCAAUUUUUCAUCACUUGUAUGAAGUGAUCCUGGAUAAUAGAAUCAUUUCAUUAAUUAUGAUAGCUGAACUAAGGCUUUAGUGGCCAAAGUAAAAUCUCUUACGUCUUCUUAGAUCUAACUUGCAAGGUGAUUGAGCUCCUUAAGAAAACACUUUUUUCCCUUUCUUCCCACUUCAGUUUAUGAAGACAAGGAUGACUUUCUUUAAUCAACAGGCUUCAUAUUAACACGGUCUCCGAAAUCUGUUUCUUAAUUUCCACAGAAAAUACCUAUGAAAAUGCAGCAUUUUAACUUAUGAAAUACUUAAGAUAUCUUUGGCUUUUUUCUUUUAAGUAUUAGCUACUUGCUCUUUGAAACAAAUGUGUAUCUUGGUUUUCCUCUUUCCUAAUAAGUGGUCUCCUAAUAUUUUUUUUGUGUGUUCUCUAUGAAUAUCAUGUGUAGUUCCUAAGAGGUAUGGGGCCAAAAAGAAAGAGGUUUUGCAUUUCUUAUCAAAGCCUUCUUAAAAAAUGCCAACGGUGAAUGUGCCAAACUCUUUCUAUAUCCAAAGAGAUAUACUUUUUAUUCAUUGGGGGUGAGGGGAAUCCUCCUAGAAUACCUAGAUGAUUCUUGACAAAGGAUGUGGACUUUAAAGUCCUGUUUUUGACAUAAUCAUAAGUCUUAUUUGCUGUGCAAUUACAUAAGGCAGCCAUUUGUAGGAAGUAAAUCCUUCAAAGAAGAAAAAAGCAAUUAGUCUGUUCUUAGUAACUUUUGUUAAAUUUCUAAGUGCAUUUCUCCUGAAUUUGACAGUACGAUACACCUUUAGGACUCUAUAGGUGGCCUAUUGGGAAUGACAAAGGAUUCAUCUUUAAACCUGAAACUGAGGAAAGGGAUGCCAUUUCAAAAAUGCUUGGAUAAUACUAAGGCCCUUUUUAAUUGAGUUGGUACUACUAUCAUAGUCCUACUAAAAGUGGUUUCAUUGAGAGAUGUAGGUACUCCAACUUUGCUUCUUCAACAAUUUUAGAUUCUUAUAUUUGACUCAGUUGAAAUUAGUGUGCUCUCUCUCUCCCUCUCAGCAUAUAUAUGCUUUUUAUUAAGAAUUUUAAUUAUUAGUAAAAUCCAAUACUGUGAUCUGUGGUUUGUAGAUUCAUUUUCAAUAGCAUCUCUGACUUGUCAAAUAAAACGUGUUCCACCAUUUCUUCCAUAAUAUUUUCAGGACACAGCCUAUCCAUAAAAGCAAACAUCACUAUUGACUUCAGUGAUAUUAACGUCUGAUUCCAAUUUUCAAAAGUAUGCUUCAGUAUUUUUACUGUUGAAAUGUUUUGCACCAUUUUAUACAUCCCAGUUAAUUUGUGGUUCAUAAGGCUUGUUUAUUUUCUCCUUUAAUUAAAAUCUUUAUUUCCCUUUUAUGUCCAAUUUUUAAAAUUGUGUAUUUUUAUUUUAUCCUGCAGAGUCCAAACAAAUCUAUUUCCAGU